AUGUCUCUGGGAGCCCCACCCAAAGGCCUCCCUCGGGCUCCUGCCCCUGGAGAGCGGAGUGAGAGCGUGUAUGCCCAUAAGAGCGUGGUGAGUGCCCCUGGGCUUUGGGCUCACUCCCCUCCAGCUUACAUUUGGGUGGGACUGGGGGUCCGGGUGGGCUAAGGAGGUGCAGAGGCUUUGUGCCAGGAAGGGGACGGCAUCUCAGGGCAUCUAUGUAGACAUCCCUCCCUGCAGAUGGAUUCAUAAGCACUUGGCGUGUGGUUGGGGCUUAAUUGGUGCCCAGGCUGUGUGCCCCACAGUGCUCCUUCAGCUGUGCAAAGUGUGGCUGGAUGGAAAGCCUGAGGGUUGGGGAGCAGGAGGGGGGCUGGGACCCCAGGAGAUGCCUUGGUGGCACCCCGGCCCCUGCACUGAGGUGCCUGCGGGCCGUGCUCCCUCUCAGAACCCUCCCUGCUUUUGUCCUGGCGUUUAGGCCCUGCUCAUGGUGGGGCAAGGGCAUCUGUAGGUUUAGGGUGCCCGGGGAAGGCCAUCCCCUUGGGCACAUCUUCCCCGAGCAGCUUGCUUCUUUAGUACCUUGGACAGCGCACCCCUUCCCUCCCGUUUUCCCAGGGCAGCCCUCUCCUCCCAGCCCUGAAGUUGGCCCCGGGUCAAGUGUCCCUGAAUCCCCCUCCAGAGCACUCCUUGCCGGGGGGCUGGUGCCCUCCAUCCUGGGUCCUCUCGUGUCCUGCAGGAGCCUUUCACCCUGCCCUCAUCCACUGCCUGACAAGCACCCUUGGGAGGAGCUGCCCCAGACCCCCCGGGAGAGAGAAGCUGGGGGCCUGACGGUCAGGGGUGCCUGCAGAGCAGAGCCCAGUGACGGCCUGACCGUGCCAGCUGAGGAGGGGGCCUGGGGCCAGGACUCCAAUGGCCCUGAGGCCUCACGCCAGCGAUUCCGGAGGUUCCGCUACCAGGAGGCAGCUGGGCCCCGAGAGGCCCUGAGCCGGCUCCGAGAGCUCUGUGUCCUCUGGCUGCGGCCAGAGGUCAGCCCCAAAGAGCGGAUCCUGGAGCUGCUGGUGCUGGAACAAUUCCUGAACAUCCUUCCCGUCGAGGUCCAGGCCUGGGUGCGGGUGCAGGGGCCGCAGAGCGCUGAUGAAGUUGUGACCCUGGUGGAGGGCCUGCAGAGGAACCCCGCGAGGCUGAUGCAGUGGAUCAUGGGUCGCCUCCUGAGACAGGAAGGACUUUCCUCAAAGAUGGAGUCCCCAGGAGUCCAGCCGGCGGUCAAAGGCCUUCUGAGCAAAGGCCAGAAGGAGAAGGAGCCACCUCUACGGCCUCAGCCGGACACCCCAGAGGAGGCAGGCCAAGACGUCAAAGAAGAGCCUGGCGGGCCUCACGAAACAACUUCACCCACUCCCCAGAUCCCUGCCCACCCUCAGGAGGGGAACGGCCACCACCCAGAGACAGCAGCCUCCUUCCUGCCUUCAGGAUGCCAGGAGGAGUGGGGCCUGCUGGACCCCUCCCAGAAGGAGCUGUACUGGGACGUCAUGCUGGAGAAGUAUGGCAGUGUGGUCUCCCUGGGAAUCCCUGCCCCCAAACCAGAUGCCAAGGCCCUGAUGGAGCGCGGGGAGGAGCUGUGGGGACCCGGACCAUGCUCAGCAGCUGAGGACAAGGCGCAGCCCAAAGGCGUUGGCCCUCCAGGAGGCAGGAGGCAGAACCACAAGGAGUCCCCUGCCAGGGAUGGUUCAAGGUCCCAGGCAUCUCAGCAUCCGCCUCCCCGACAAGCCCAGGGAGACGGGCCAAGUCCGGGGGCCGGGAAAGGUCUUUGGUCCGCCACAGAGCCAGGAAGCCCUGGAAGGAAAAGAAAGGCCCCCUCGGUGGCCUGGGAAAGCCCUCCGGGCAGAGCCGGCGGCGGUCUGCUGCCCGGGGGAGUGGCCUCCGCGUGGAUGGAGAGGGACAGAGGCUGCUUUCCACAAGGCGCGCUGAACUCGCUCCCAGCCUCGAGAGACAAACCCUAUGUCUGUGACGAGUGUGGCAAAGGCUUCGACUGGAAGUCCGUGUUUGUCAUUCAUCAGAGAUCGCACACGGGUCCGGCCGCCAGUCAGCCCGAGGAGAGGAGGGAGCCCCGGGACCCGCGGGACCCGAGGGCCAAGCCGCGGGCGGCCCCGGGAGAAAAGCCCUACCGCUGCAGCGAGUGUGGGAAGGGCUUCCGGGAGCUGUCCACGCUGCGCAAUCAUCGCCGAAGCCACACAGGCGAGAAGCAUUACCAGUGCCAGGAGUGCGGGAAAUCUUUCAACUGGAAGUCCCAGCUGGUCAUUCACAAGAAGGCCCACGUGGGCGAAAAGCAGCACACGUGCGUGGAGUGUGGGGAGAGCUUUGACUGGAAGUCCCAGCUGGUCAUUCACAAAAAGGCCCACAGGAGGGACGCUCCGUAGGCAGAGUACCCGAGAGGGCAGCUCACCGUGCUGGGCUCCGUGGGGCUCCAAGCCCAGAUCUCUGAACUGCCCCUCGCCAGGCCUGGCCACUGGGACAAGGGACCUCCUUGUCUGCUCUGUCGGGACUCCUUAGCCGUAGUGCCCUAGGGGAGGAAGGGGCCCUAACGCCCCUCCUCCAGAGACGCUAAUCUGGGGAAUAAACUCCAUUAGCACUUCUUGGAA